GGGAGGUUCAAAGCCAGACAGAAUCCUCCGCUAUGAGAGACAGGAUGUGAAAUGUGCUGUGGCGUUGAUGCCCUACUCAUGUUUCUGUGUGACCUGUGUCAAGCUGUUAUUUUAGAGAUUGUAAGUCACCCUUUGGUGUGUGACAGACAGACAGAUAGAUAGUCAAUCGAUCAUGUUUUGUUUUAUCACUUUUAUAACCUCUUCUUACCUGAUCCGUACCUCACAAACCGGUUUCCCCAAAAUUGCUGCGUCGGGCAAACAGAGCAACGCUUUGAAAGUGCCCCGGUGUUUACGUUUGUCGAGAAAAUCAACCUAUUAAUGACUUUUUGUAUCCAUAUGAAUCUGGGACAGAAACAGGUUAUUUUAACAUCGAACUAAAAUCACCUUUCUUUCAGCUUUACAAACUGAGCGCACAGGGAAGUUUAUAGCUCAUCCACACAAUCGUAAUUUACUGUUUAAUGUCAUUCAUCCCUUGUACAAACCAGCGAUUGCUGUGCGCUCCGCUGGACGUGUUUAGCUGACGUCCCGCUCAUAGCGCCCGCGGGGGCUCGUGCUGCUCUUUUUAUAUUUGGAGACUCCAAAAGAAUCCCGCGUCCCUUUCAUGUGCCGCCUCGGUCCAAUCAAACAGAGGGAGAGGCGGCCUGUGCGAGGCGUCAAUCACGCUCGCUGAACGCCUGUAGUCCGCUAAAGCCGCAGAUCACUCGAUCACUCCACCGCUGCUAGAUGCGUACGCGACCAGCGCGCUUUUCUUUACGGACGCUCUGAAAUAUCGCAUUCUUUCGGAAUUGUUAUUCGUUUCUGAUGUUUCACUAUUGCUCACCGAUGCAGAGAAAUGGGUAAACUUCACUCCAAACAUGCUGCUAUUUGUAAAGCGAGGGAGAGCCCUGAAGGCGAUAGUUUUGUAGUUAACGCAUGUUUGGCGAGGAAAGGAUUGGAUGACUGGAUGGUUAAGCAGAAGUAUUACUGCUCGACUUCUCGUGUAGAUCAACAGGACUGCCAGCAGAAAAAUACAUGCGGACUUUCUCCACGGGAGCCAUUGGAUGAAGGUUACGCUGAAGGUAUCAGUGAUGAACACUAUCGUUUAGAAGUGGCUCUGCCCCCUGAGAAGACUGAGAGCUGCAGUGUGGAAGAGAGAAUGCAGGACACUGAUGGGCCUGCCACUGUCGGCCAACACAAACAAUUACAGUUUGAGGAGUUGGAGUGUGCUGUAUCAGUAGAAGAAGAUAACAGGCAGGAGUGGACCUUUACCCUAUACGACUUCGACAACAAUGGCAAGGUCACGAGAGAGGACAUCACCAGUCUGCUGCACACUAUAUAUGAGGUUGUGGACGCGUCAGUAAACCACUCCCCCAGCAGCAGUAAGACCCUCAGAGUGAAGCUCUCUGUUGCCCCAGACUCCAGCCAGAGAUGGAGGAACUGCACCCAGACCAAUGCAGAUACUCCCCAUUCCAAACAUAAGGGGGAAAAGUGCAUUGAAUACUCCAAAACUUCAGAGAAAAAGUCGAGAGCUUUUCUCAGGCGUUACCAUAGUGACCACCACAACCAGCAAGGUUGCCAACGGCACUGUGUAGAUGAGAACUUGGAGAGAAGAAACCAUUACCUUGACCUGGCCGGCAUCGAAAACUACACAUCCCGCUUCGGAACAGCCGCUCCUGCCACAGAGCCAACGAAACCCACCCAUGCAACCCGAUCAUCCAAUCAGAUGCGCUCUCACUCUCAUGAACCCGAAAACGGCCACGCGUACCCCGCUUACCAUCGGCGCUCACAGACCAUCUCCGUGGAUCCCCCAGCUGUCCUGACCCGACACACACACGCGCUCCGAUCCCCCAAAACACAUCGCACCCAAACCGCUCAGGCCUCCGCCAGUCGGGUGAUGAGGAGAGGAGCUCCCCCUCCCCCUGUGGUGCCCAACCAGACACCUCCACACCAAAGCUCAGGACCUUACAGACGACACAAACAGAGGCCCAAAGAAGGGCCACACUAUCGGGCUCUGGGGCCGACCGUGAUGUCUGGUCCUGUGGUGGAGAAAGAGCAUGUGAAAGAUCUGCCCAGCCUGAUGCUGUAUGAAGGAGGACUUGCUCAGGUCGUCCAGCGGCACGAGCAUCAUCAUCACCACGAACACCAUCAUCACUACCAUCAUUUUUAUCAGUCCUGAAGAGCUGAUCUGCUCACAGUCACACAGGAUGUGGAUAAAAAGAAACAGAUGGGAAAUGUAACAAAUUAGUCGAAUGAUAAGAAUUUUUUUGGCAUGGCCAAGUUGAGGAUGAGGAGGACAGAUGGCAUCACGUUUAUGCUAUAGUGGCAGACAGUGUGUGUCGGAGUAUGUGUGAAUCUGUAGAUAUUAACGUGUGUGAGUGUGUUGUAUCUUCGAGUCUUUGAAAUGAAUUACGUAAUAAGUAAGGGCUCUAUCUCUCUCUCACUCUUUCUUUGCUUUGUCUUUCUCUCUCACUCUGUUUGACGCUCUUUUUCUCUGCCUGUCUGUCUCUCUCUCUCUCUCUCUCUCUCUCUCGCUAUCUGGGUGAAUCUCAUGAAACCCGUCAAAACAUUCUCCAGUCAUAUUUCUGUCGAAAAUUAAAAAUAGUAAAGUAAAUGAAGCCAAGUUAUUUAAUGCUAUUUUAUAUGAUUUUUGGGUCAUCAUGAAACAGACUUUUCAUGACUAGUUUUGUUGAGGUUCAGUCACUCUCUUUAAUCUGUAUGAAUGGCUCAGUGUACACUGAGAUUGAAAUGGUGGAGUAAAUGAAGAACUUGGUAUAUCAAACCACUUUUGAAGGAAUACAAUUCCUUUUUUGUAAUUGUUGUGUGUGUGCGUAUGCGUGAAUCUGCGCAUCUAUGUGUGCCUAUGGUGUCUUUUUUACACUUAUCUUGCGUUUCCACUGAAAGACCACUUGAAAAGCACUUCUUGUGCCAUUGCAUUCAAGACACUUUAUUUAUGAAGAGCUUCUCACCGAGAUCAACACCUUUAUAAUGCAAUACAGGACACAAUGUACAGAGCCAGUAAAUACGCUCCAAUGGUCAGAGAGCACGAGAACUUAACCGAUCGACAUGAAGAAAUCAGAACAUCAUAAUCAGCUGCUACCUCUAGUAUCAUUAUGAUUUUCUGUAUUAUUAACAUAAUUUUUAUCAUUCAGAUUGUAUUUUUUAUUUGUCUCUAUUUUAAUAUGCCACCAAUCUGCAUUGUCGUCAAGAUGUACUGGAUUGAAAUCCAUUGUAAGCUUUAUUACUGAUAUAAUUUUAUUCAUACUUUUUUCUAUUUUUGUUUUGUUUUUCUCUGUCUAACUGUAAGCUAACUACAUUGUAAGACCAGGUAUCAGAGUUUAUAGCGUAAUUAUGCGAAUCAUACAAUAUGAGAUCUUAAGAUUGUAGGAUCUUCAGAAUUUGUUUAAAAAAAUAAUUUAUUUGAAAAAAGUAUUUCUGUCGGGUUUAUGUCAAGUCAAAAUAGGUCUAAUCAAAUGUUUGGAAAAGUUUAUAUUGUAUGACACGAAAUUAUACCUUAUAUUGUGUCUCGUAUUUGUUCAGUUGUGGUUUCAGCUUUCCCAUUUUCGGUUCAGUUAAGUUCUCAUCUUUCCACCUUGUAAACUGUAAAGCAAUUGGUGCUGUCAAGGAAAGAUAGUAUUUUUGGUUCUCAGGUUAAUUUUAGAGGUAAUAUUAUAAUCUUAUUUUACGAGAGCAGCAAAGCACCCGAGCUGUAAGGAUGUUUUGACGGAGACUCACCAUUGAAUUUGAUUUCUUUAAAGGUCCAAGAACCAACGGCUCACUCCAGCCCUUCCCCCUCCCUUUCGAAGCACUACGGUAGCUAACACAGAACUACAUUUACGCAUUCGGCUGACGCUUUUAUUUAUAUUGCAUUGUAUUAUACAUUUGUUUCUGACUAUAUGCAAUCCCCUGGGAUCGAACCCAUGACCUUGGCAUUGCUAGUGCCAUGCUCUAACCACUGAGCCACAGGAACUAAGAUGUCAUCAUGUUUUCUCUUCUUUGCUGAAAGAGAUAACGUACUUAUGAAACGCUCUAUAUAGCAGUUUGUCGUUUAUGGCUACUGUAGAAAUAACAUGGUGCACAGGGGAUAGAAAUAGCUCAUACUAGGGUAAUAAAAACACAAUGGUUCAUCAUGUAAUGUCUUUAUACACCAUAGUAAGGUAUAUUAUAUUGCAUUUCUGUCAGUAGAUCCUCCAAAAAAUUACACAUGGGACCUUUAAAGAAAUCUUCAUAAUCCAAGAAUUUGUAAUAAAUUAGGAUGCUGUAGAUAGUAGGGUUGUGCCUUUAGCUCAGUAUUGGCAAAAGUGAAAUGUGUUUCAAGGAAACAAGUCUGGUUUAUUUGGAGUUCAAGUGUUCCUCACAGCAGUUUAUAAACAUUUAAAUAGUACAUUAUGAAUCUAUUUUAGCUUUGAUGCAAUCAGAGUCACCUAAAAGGAUGGAGUGAAUGUGUAUGUGUGUUUGUGUGUGUGGCAGCUGUCUCAUUCCUUAGGGGCAGGAUGACAGUAUCGCCGCCUACGAGUCUCCAGUCGUCCCAUAACUCACCAAUACCCCACUGUCAGAAAGCGUAUGCGUGCGUACUUGAAACAGGCAAUUCCGAAGAUUAUAAGACACGUCAGCCCUUUUUUAUGGUCAGAUGGUGAGCAGGUGUGUGUGUUAAAACUCACACUAGUGUUUUAACAGUACAGAUGUAAGUGAUCCUAUCACCAGUUACAAGAUGCGAGGUAUGACAGAUGUUUUCAAUCUCAGCUACAUUUGUAUUUUGCCAUUUUUAAUACACAUGCAUACAUUUUGCUGCAAUUCCUAAAUUGUGGCCCCAACAUAAAUUAGAAAUUGAGUUGCUGUAAAUGAAAAGGUGUUAAUAAAUUGCCAUUGGUUAGAAUAUGUCAGAAUUUGAGUGGCUGUUGUUUUGCUCAGAAUGGUGGAAGUGUGAGAGUAUCACACUACACUUUGGAAAACCCACUAACUUCAUGGUGGUCUCAUCACAACUAAGUUAGGACAGUUGACCUUCUCCCAGUCUCUCCGUUGCUAACAAAUGAAUGUGUGGUAUGGCGGUUAACACUCCCACCCCAGCCAUCCCUCUCAUAUUCUCACUCUCAUUACAGCAUGAGACAUUACUGCUACACCCUAGCAGUAAGCAUUACUGCUUUUCAUAUGCACACAUAUGUGGACGUCACCUAUACUUACCAUUUCCUGACAAGAUACUGAAACACUGUAUUGCUGCUAAAAACCGCCUAUAUGGCAUUAUUAAAUUUACUCAUAAUCCUUUAAUAUUAAUUUAUACUUUUCACCAGAUUCUUCAUUACACUUACAGAUCAAUAGACUGAUAUGUUUUAAAUUGUUUAGUUGAAAAGAAUCAGUCAAGGCUUGAUGUAAAUACAAUGUGAAAAGACUGCUGUACUGUGAUAGAUGAGUUCUGCGCUAUUUAGUAUCAGCUCUUUCACAUAAUGCCAUUCAUAACAUUUCAUUAUUUCUAAUGUGCUUAGGUUAGUGACAGCACAUUUCAAAGUCACAGUUUCAUGGAGGAGCUUGUAUAUAAAUAACACAACUUGCUAUAGGAUUUCAUUCCACACCCACUACAUUACAACAGAUAAUUUGUGACUUAUCUCAAUGUUUCUUGAUUUUGUUUAGUUCACAGUACAUAGAUGAAUGGAAAUAAUUGUUUUAUUUAUUUGACAGCGGACAUGUGCUAAAACAUCUUUCAUUAAAAGCUAAA